GUAGAUGAGUGAACAGCAUAAAAGCACAACUUGACUGACAUACGCAACCAAACUAAAGAUAAACAAAAUUUAGAAACAAAAACAUGUUGGUGAAGGUGUACGGUCCAACCUAUGGAGCCCCCAAGAGGGUGCUGGUGUGUCUGAUUGAGAAGGAAAUUGAGUUUGAAACAGUACAUAUUGAUCUCUUCAAGGGAGAGAAUAAGGAACCUGAGUUCCUAAAGCUGCAGCCAUUUGGAUCACUUCCUGUUAUUCAAGAUGGUGAUUAUACUCUCUAUGAAUCUCGUGCAAUAAUCAGAUACUUUGCAGAGAAGUAUAAAGACCAAGGGACAGACUUGUUGGGAAAGACAAUAGAAGAAAAAGGUCUAGUGGAACAAUGGCUUGAAGUAGAAGCUCAUAACUUUCACCCACCACUCUACAAUUUGGUUAUUAAUGUUCUGUUUGCCCCAUUAACGGGUGCUCCUUCUGACCAAAAAGUGAUAGAAGAGAGUGAUAAAAAGAUUGAGAAGGUGCUGGAUGUUUAUGAGGAGAGGCUGUCAAAGAGCAAGUACUUGGCUGGUGACUUUUUCAGCCUUGCUGAUCUUAGCCACCUCCCAUUUGGUCACUAUUUGGUGAACCAAACUGGGAGAGGGAAUUUGGUCAGAGAGAGGAAGCAUGUGAGUGCUUGGUGGGAUGAUAUUAGUAACCGACCAGCUUGGCAGAAGGUUCUUCAGCUAUACAAAUACCCUGUGUAGUUAGUUCUACCCCAACAUUCCAAGAUGGUGUGAGGGAUGUGCCUUCAAUAUUUUCUAAUACCUGCUUGAGAAUAAAUUGGAGGCUAUCUGCAGAUGUGGACCUGUAGUUUGUUUUUGGAUUUGGAUCUUUUUCUCUUCUUGAAUAAUAACAAUGGAUGGUGAAAAACACAAAUUUAAGAGUAUUGAGCAUUGUGAUUAGUUGUUGGGUCCAUUAGAUAUAAUCUAAGAAGCCGCUUGUGGUAAGAAGUAAUAAUAAAUAUCAGUAUUUACAUACUAUAAGUUUGGAUCUUGACAUUUAUACAAGAGUAUACAUUUUGAAACUUGUGCUUGCCGAGUUUGGUGGGGGCAACCACACAGUUUUGGAAGAUAAGUUUUUGUA